CUGCUGCAGAGUUCUUUAGUUCUCGUCAUUUCAGGGAGGGAUUAUGCUGCCGUUAAAACGAAUCACCAAUUUGAACUGAGCGCCAUACCUAUAGAAUGAAGACUUCAUAAUACUUGAGUACAUCAUGUGAAGUUAAAAAGAUUGUGGACUUUUUUAUUAUAUGGAUACUAUUAUUUUCAGUUGAGCCUACAAUGAACAGCACAAAAAUAUGAGGCUAACACUGCAGAAAUCUGUUUACAUCUGCCUUUUAAUUGUUGAGAAAGGAAUACUCUAAAUUCAAAAUUCUCUCACGGGACACACGUUUUCAAGCAAUCCCAUGCAUACCGCAAAGAUCGUCCUUCUUGUGGGAACACUAUAAUGGAAUUCAGACAAGCUGAAAAUUGUAAUCUGUGCAAGAACAACAAGGACAGCCCAUUGAACCCGGUAUACUGGACCUGACAGUGACUGAAGGUAACAGUAAGAUUACAGAAUGUUUAGAAGUGCCAGAAGAUUUAGAAAAUGGCAGUUUAUGCAGUUGAUGACUACAUGCUUCAUACUCUCCCUUGUUAUGAUAUACUGGGAACAACUUGACAAGCAUGUUGUAAGCCACAUGAAGUCUUACUCCUAUCGUUACCUUGUGAACAGUUAUAAUUUCCUAAACGAUAGCUUUUCCAUAAGCAGGGAGGAAGCUAGUAGCUUGCCCAACUACCAGUACUUGAUCAACCACAAGGAUAAAUGUGAAAAGCAAAAUGUGCUCCUUGUGCUGUUUGUGAAGACAUCGCCGAAAAACCUAGAGAGACGCCAAGCUAUCCGCUCUACGUGGGGCAAUGAGAACUACAUCCGCUCCGAGCUGAAGGCCAAUGUGAAGGUUGUCUUUGCAUUAGGGGUUCACAAACAUCCAUUGGAGAGAGAAGUCCUCCAAAGGCAUCUUGAAAGAGAAGACCGGCAGUACGGCGACCUUAUACAACAAAACUUUAUUGAUGCUUUCCACAACCUCACCCUCAAGUUGAUCCUGCAGUUCAAGUGGGCUCACAUGUACUGCAGACAUGCCAAGUUUGUCAUGUCAGCGGACGAUGACAUCUUCAUCCAUAUGCCCAACCUGGUGCAGUAUCUCCAAGACUUGGAUCAAAGAGGCGUCCAGGAUCUCUGGAUCGGACGUGUCCAUAGAGGAGCCCCUCCAGUCAGGAUCAAAGAAAGCAAGUAUUAUGUUCCCCAUGAGAUGUACCAGUGGUCUUCAUACCCAGAUUACACUGCAGGUGCUGCUUAUGUAGUUUCAGCGGAUGUAGCUGACAAAAUCUAUAGGGCAUCCAUGACUCUUAACACCACGAUCUACAUAGAUGAUGUUUUCAUGGGAAUCUGUGCUAAUAAAAUAGGGGUGAUUCCUCAAUACCACGUGUACUUCUCUGGGGAAGGGAAGGCCCCCUAUCACCCCUGUAUCUACAACAAGAUGAUGACUUCUCAUGGACACUUAGAAGACAUUCAUUACCUUUGGAGGGAGGCCACAAAUCCAAAAGUUAGGACAUUAUCCUCUGGCAUAUUGGGAAAGCUAUAUUGUACUGCUGUAAAAGCUUUUCUUCUUUGUAAACCAUAUUAUAUGGACACUUAUCCCUGCAGUGCAGCGUUUUCUUAGAACCGAUUGUGUGAAGUUGUUAGUAAAGAUGCAGUAUUUUUUUUUCCCCGCACUGUUAUUUGACAGUGUUACAAGAAGUUACAUUAUUUAAAUUAACAUUCCCUCUUUCAUUUAAUGGAAGCAGAAUCACUAGUGUCAUAAUUACCUCCCCUAAAUAUUUAGUUUGCUUUUUUUUUUUAUUAUUAUUUUUUUUAAUAUCUAGAUAAACUGCAAUGGAAUUGAUAAAAACAAUUAAAAAAAAAAAAACCUGCAUCUUAGUUUCAGUAGCUGAUGGAAAGUUACACUGUAAUGCUGCGAACUAGCUUUCUCUGUAUGACAAUACAAACUAAUUGUGAAAAAGGUAAAUGGUAGGAAGGGUUUUGGUUGUGGUAAUGAACAAUUGUCACAACACAGCUGGAUGGACAGAUAUUUUCACACUGUGGGCCUGCAAUUAAAAUAUAUCAUCUUAAGGUCAUGAGUACACUACAUUUCAGUUGACUUUACCUUGUUCUCCACCACUGCAGUACAGUAUAUGUAAUUCAGUUUUACAGCACCCCUAAUGUGACCUAAAAGAUCGUGGUUUCUAUAGACCUUUUAGUAGAAUUACCCAUAAGGUUCAGCUGUGAAUUCUGAAGCUUGGAGCUUUCCAGUGCUUUUAGAAGAGGUAUUUAAAAAAAAAAAAAAAAAGUUUUAUAUUGAACAUACACUUUAAUAACAUUAUAAACAAAUUUACUUGAACAAUUUAUUGUUUAGUAAGGUCGCUUAGAAAUGUAUACAGUUAGAGCUUGAUUUUAUUUUGUAUAUAUUUCUUUUACUAUAACCACUAGUAACAGGUAAUGUUUAUUAUCUUGUCAUAGUAGAAACGUUACAGCUCAGUCAUAAACUGACAUACGCAAAACCUGCUAUAUACAGUACAGGUAUGUUUAGCCAGUGAGCAACUAUGAACUGAUACACUUGUGUGCAGGGAGGGGCAAUACCAUCAGCAUUACACAGUGGAGUUCAUUCAGCAUGGUUCCAAUAGUAAAUACCUUACGUUGACUAAAGCUUUUCUGAUGAAUGGGUUAAAUGUCACCUUAAGCUUCAUCCGAGCAUCUUUUUAUUCAUUUCCCAAUUAAAAGAUAAUAUAUGUUGAUAGUUUAAGAAAAAGCAAGUAUGCAACCAGAUUUUUUUUUUGUUGGG